AUGAAACUUUUCCGCCGCUCGGCAAGAGGUGAAUCAGGCGCAAGAGAUAAAAAGUCUUUGCCAAAUAAUGGAGAUCAGCCUUCGAGCAACACAAGUAAUGCGACUAUCAAUCUUGAAUCCCCUAAUCCAGGAAUAUCCACAAAUGGACGACCAGCUCCUGGCAGAAGAGAGCCAGGCGGACGUCAACUCGUCUCACUACAAGAAAAAUUAAGUGGUAGUCGAAAGGAAGCUUCCCCGCAAUCGGGUCAAUUUUUCAUUCCUAUAUGUCGCCAAGACUCGAUACUCACCGUCGAGGCGAUUGAAGACGAUAUACUCAGAUGUGACACCUCGAUACCAAUUAACACAGCAAGAGUUUAUGCGCGGUGGGCGCGCGAUAAUGGAAGAAAACUAUACGCGACCUUAGCCUACAUGGAAAGGGGUGCGGAUGUGUGUCACCUUGCGAGACAGAAGAUUUCGGACAAGGAUCUUCCUUUAAAGUACAUUCGAGGUGCUCUCCACCCCGAAACAGAGACGCGAGAAAAAGGUGGUCUUUUCCUCAAAACAGGGGUGCGAGUAAAGGAUAUUGAUCAUUGGAGGGAUAAAGAGUUGGAAGAGUUCUUCAAUACACAGUGGUGGAUGAUAGCACCUGUGUUCAAAGACAAAGCAGAACUUGAACUCACCACAAGGGAGGUUCUACCUUUCCUUCCCUUUGACGGCGAAGAUGCAGAUGAAAUGAAGACCAAGCAGGGAGCGUACAGCGAGGUUUUCCCCGUGAAUAUUCAUUCUUCUCAUCAUGAGUUUUGGAAUAGCGAUCACGUAAAGGCAAAGGAGCCACUAGUAGCCGUUAAAAAAUUGUUUUCGACCGAUGAGAUAGAGUUUAAGAAGGAGCGUGAUGUCCUGAAAACUCUGGGCAGUAAAUCGCCACCACACCCACACCUGAUUCGAUUAUUGGCUACUUAUCGACAAAAGGGGAAAUAUCAUCUCAUAUUUCCAUAUGCAGAGAGUAACUUAAGAUCUUAUUGGGACCAACGCUCACUUCCGGAAUUUGAUAACGGAACAGUUAUGUGGGCAUUGACACAAAUGUAUGGGCUCUCCGAUGCAUUGUUACGAUUGCAUGUGUUUGAAGUUACAUUUCCACUGAACGUUGGCGGUGCGGCAAAUGUCCGUGUGCAAACGGAAGAUGACGGUCAAAUAAGCGUACGUGCAGGCGAAGAAAUGUUCGGUCGUCAUGGCGAUAUUAAGCCGGAAAAUAUAUUAUAUUUUUCGGAAGGUCCUGAAGCAACAGAUCCACGAGGUGUUCUAAAGCUGGCCGAUUUUGGCCUCGGGAGAUUUCAUGGCAGAGAUUCAAAAUCAGGAAUAAGACCUUCUGGGAUACUCUCAUCCCCAACCUAUGAGCCUCCUGAAUGUAAGCUUCGCCGCCCGGUGUCUCGAGCUUAUGAUAUCUGGAGUUGUGGAUGUGUGUGGCUCGAAUUCAUAACAUGGCUUUUGAAAGGUAGUGCUGGCAUAGACGAAUUUGCGGAUUGGAGAGGUAAUAGUGCAGGACUCAGUGACAUUAACGAUGACAAUUUCUUUACCAUCCCACGAAAAUCAAAUAGUUCUUCGGAAGCUACCAUCCGAGCCGGAGUCAUACUAUGGGUUGAGCAAUUGCAUCAGCACGAGAGAUGCUCGCAGCUUAUCCACGAUCUAUUGAAAUUGAUUAUGGACGACCUUCUACUCAUUGACGCAGAUGAGCGUAUCAAAGCUAGCGUGUUCCAUCAAAAAAUGAAGAAAUUCUAUCGAAUGGCGAAAGGAGAUCCAGACUAUAUGUUAAAGUCAGUACCUUUAUCAGCAGAAGAUUCGAAAGCGACACUUCUCGAAAUACCGCGACAUGAGGGAUCCGGAUCUCGCAUGACCUCCAGCGACCAAAUAAGUGCAAAUAUCUCGCGGAACGCCAGUGUAUCUCGCAAUUCCAGAGACUUAAGCCCGAAAUCCAAAAAGAGUGUAACUUGGCCGGCAGAUCUCACCAAGGGGUGA